UAACAGAUAAUCACCUGAAGAAUAGCUGAAGACUAGAAUCGCUUGAAAGGCCACAAAAAUGCCUAAACGAGACGAUAUAUGGCAACACUGGACAGAUGUGGUCACCGAUGCCGGCGCUAAGACACGCGUGAAAUGCAAUUACUGUCCGAACGAACAGCUGAAGAAUGCGGUGAAGUGUAAGAGACAUCUCAUUAAAUGCCAAUUUGGCAACAAAUGCAUUGUCGAUAAGUUUGCCGAAGAGUUGAGACACAAGAUGGACAGAUGUAGGACACGGCUGGUGGCCAUGGGUUGCGACAAUGAUAACGACGACAGUUACGAGACACUGGCUGACAUUGCAGACCAGCGACAGUUCCAACUCAUGGCCACCGAUACUGAUGGCCAGUCGUUGUAUCAGCAGUUAGUGGCGAACACUUCAGACAUGACAUACGACCAGACCGUCGGCGAUGACAACAACUGUAUCGCCGUUGCUGUGACGGACGUGUCCGCCAUCGACGGCGUGCCGACUAUCAUACAGAUCGGCGGAACACCGAUAGUAACGCCUGGCCUUCCGGUGCGGACACUGAUCAACACGAAGAUAAGCAGUGCCGGAGCGAGUAGUAUAUGGAACCACUGGACAGAUAUCGUGGACUCGGAGGGCAAGCGUCGGGUCCGUUGCAACUACUGUCCGAACGUACAGCUGAAGAACGCCAGCAAAUGUCGGCGACAUAUCAUGCGAUGUCUGGCCAGUAAUUUAAUGGCAAAGAGACGGCUACUCAACGACCAGAGUUUGCCAAUGUUUACAGAUCUGCUCAACUCAGGCGCCGCUGGAAGCGGUGGCGGCGAUGAAAACGCGGUCAAACUCGGCGCGAAUGACAGUCAAGCGUCACUUCGGGCCCAAAAUGGCCGACUGGCCAGUGAUCUCAGGCGUAGCGAACAAACGCGCGCCUUAUUGGAAGCCCAGCGGAACUAUUUGCUGAAGACAAUCAACGAGUGCUCCAAUUGUGGCCACGACUCGGCCCUAAGGCAACGGUUGGCCGAAUUUGAGGUGAAUCUGCGACGACUGAAGUGCAACAGAUUGGACACGAAGUGGCAGUCAAUUUGGUCGCACUGGACGGACGUGACGGACAGCGUUGUCAUCUCCGGUAAAGGACAGCAUGUGUUUGGACAGCGGGUCCGGUGCCGUCAUUGCGGUAACGUUCAGCGCAAAAACGCUGUCAAAUGCCGCCGACAUGUGGCCAACUGUCGGCCGUGCGAUGAGACCAUCCGGAACUACUUCGCCAAAGAGAUACGGCUGAAAAGCGUUGUCCGGCGAGGCGUGGUAUCCGAGUGGCCGCCGAAGACCACAAACACCAGCCGUACCACCGAUGCUGAUGGCGAUGAUAAUUCAUUGGACGGUGAUUUGCAACGCAUCGCUAACUACAGGAUCAAUAUCGACGCGGGAACCGCUGGUGACACAUCUGAUGGGCGAAGAGUCGCCAAACGAUACGCGUGCGACGCAUGCGAGUACGUGACGGACAAUCCGCAGCGGAUCCAAUCGCACACCAAUCGCCAGCACCUGAACGUACGGCCCUAUCCGUGCGAUGUGUGCGACAAACAGUUUCUCACGAAAGCCAUUCUCACGCUUCACAAGAAGAAUAUUCACGCGCCGCCCGAAGACAUUGUAUACUAUCGGUGCGAUUGGUCCGACUGCCAGUUCCAGACCCGAUACCAGAGCUCGUUGACCAUCCACAAACUGCAACACUUGGGCGUCAAACAGUUCCCGUGUCAGUGGCCGGGCUGUCCGCUAGGGUUCUACACCGGCAAAGACCUACGCAAGCAUGAGCUCAGCCACAGUCGCACCUACCGAUGCGAAUGGGUUGGCUGCGGGGCUGUACUCAAGUCCUCGGCCAAUCUGAAGCGCCAUAAGCUGAUCCACACGACCGACGGCUCGAAACCGCACGCCUGCUGUUGGCCGGGCUGUGACAAGCGGUUCCAGUUCGGCAGCUUCUUGACCACACAUAUGCGCCGCCAUCGCGGCGAUCGUCCGCAUCAGUGUCCGCACGAGGGCUGCGACCGUCGCUUCUACGACAAGAGCAAAAUGCUAAACCACUGCCGCACUCACGGCCAACAGCGGGACUACCCGUGCGUAUGGCCCGGAUGUGACGCCUCCUAUAAGACAAGCAAUCACUUGGAAAGGCAUGUGUUGUCCCACACAUCACCCGACGCCGCUCCCGAGCCCACAGUCUUCGCCUGUCAUUAUCCCGAUUGUGGCAAACAGUUUGGCCACAAACGCAACCUAAACACACAUAUACGAUAUCACCGGUCGGAGGCCGUACACGAGUGCGAUUGGCCCGACUGUGGCCGACGGUUCAAGAGUCGCGAUGUCCUGCGCCAGCAUUUGAUGUCACACCGCGGCGAACGGCCGCACGUGUGUCCGUACGAGGGCUGCGGCCGGGCGUUCAUACGGCGGACUUUGAUGACCGCUCACCACCGGACUCACGAGUCGGCGCCGGCCUUCGUGUGCGAGUUGUUGGCCGCUAACACCGGCGCCACCGCCGCAGUCGAUGACGACGACGACGACAACUCGGCCGGCGAUAAGCCGUGUGGUAAACAGUUCUGGACGAACGCCUGUCUGCGCCGACACCAGCGACAGGUGCACCAGUCGUCGGCUGAUAAUCUGGUCACUCAUACGCCUAUAAAUGAGUCCAGUAUCGGUGGUGACGACAUUACCGCUGAUGACACUCAGUUGGCCGACAAUUCGGCCCAAAUCGGCGAUUAA